AUGGCUAAUUGGAGAUCAACCUGUCAAUUAUGGAUAUAUCCAUUAUGUGAUCGAUGGUUAAACGAGUUAUUAACAUCACAUAUUCGCAUGUCAUUGAAAUUAAUUGGUUUUCUCAUACCAUUUUUACAUCAACGUAUUCUAACAAAAUUAUACAAAGAACGUCUUCAACUCAUGGACAAAGAAAUGUUGAAAACAAUUGAAUGUAAAUCCUUAUUGAAUUCUGAUACAUUUCAAAUUGAAAUGAUUACAUUUCGUACAUACAUUCGACGAUUAUGCACUAUUACAAAAAAUGUUCUACGAUAUUUAAAAAUUAUACUUUUAACAAAUACUUCGAAAUGUAUAUUGAUUCGUCGUGUAAUCUAUAAUGAUGCAUGCAAUUUUCAUCAUGCUCUAAAAACUUAUUGUUAUCAUUUAGUUGAACGUAAACAUUUGUUAGAUAAAAUUGAUUAUAUUCUAUUUGAAGAUAUAUCUAAACAUUUAUUAUGUUUAGAUUCAAAUUUUGAUUUAAUUCUUAAACAAAUUUUAUGUUAUGUUCGUCGACAAAAACUAGAAAUACUUUAUAUUUUAAUACCUAUUUUUAUUGAUAUUCUUAAACAUAUUCAACAAAUCAAUUCAAUUAUUGAAAUAUUAUUAAGUAAAAUUGGACAUCAAGUACGUAAAGAUUUAUCAUUAAGAAAACGUUCAAAUCAAAUUAAAAAAGAGAUUAAUAUGUGUAAUAAACAAUUUAAUUGUUUAACAAAACAAAAACAAUUGUCUAUAAAAAAGAUAUUUAAUCGACACUAUUUUCAUCCUAUAAAAUUUUUCGUUACACAACCAUGUACAAAUCGAAUGAAUUUUUAUUCACAAAUUAUUCGAGAACAUCAUGGAAUACCAAUACAAGAUAUUAAUGAACAAAUGAUUUUUAACCAUUAUAAUCAUAAUCCAAAAUUAAAAGAUGUACUCUGCAUGAAUAUGAAUUACCUAUAUAACUCAUAUCCACAACCAUCACCACGAUCAAUUAAAGUCUUAUCACCAAAAGUUACACCUUCCAAACGUUCAACAACGUCACCAAAACCACUGCUAAAAAAUUUAGAUGAUUUUUCCAAUGAUACAUUGCCAACAUGGAAAACUUGUUUUCAGAAUCAUCCAUUAUUAACGAAUAUUACACCAACAACUGAAACAAGUGAUACCAGUAUUGAUUCCACUGUGACACAAAUAAAUACAGAACCGCAAUUGAAAAUAAGAAAAUCAAUUGACACUAUCACGAAUAAAGAUAAAUGUCUUGCAAAGGAAAUGAUGCAAGAUCAACCAUUAUUAACAACCGACAAACCAAAAUCAAGAAAAGUAUUUAUUAAACCAAAACAUUUAUCGAAAAAUGUUCAGUCAUCGACACAAGCCCCAUUAAUGUUGAAAUCUAGUCAUAUAUCAAUGCCUAAAAAGAUAAAAAAUCAACGAGAUUUUUUUUCUAAAAAAGCCAUUGAUUCAUAUAUCAAAUUCAAAAAUGCUAAAUCGGAAGUAGAUAUUCAAAAUCGAUUUUCAUCAAAAACAAAAAAAUCAGGUUUAAGAAAAAUAAACAAAGUGAAAAAAAUUGUGUCUAAUUCAACAGUAAAAAUAAUUGAAAAACGACAGAUGACACGAAAUAAAAAUCAGUCGUCACAUCUAUUGUUAAAUCAAUCUCAAAAUUAUUUAGACGUCAUGAUCAAUGAUGUCAACAAUAAUUCUCACUCGAUAGACACAAAUAAUAAGUCAAAACAACCGGUUUCUGCUAUUAAUUUGACUAAGAGUAAAUCGUUGACGAUUAUAAAUGCACAAGAAAAUAUGUCGGAUAUAUUUGGUGCUAUUUCUAAUAAUAGUGAUCAUACAUUUCGAAACGCGUCAUUGAAACUAAACAGAAAUACCGACAUGUUGCGUCAACAAAGUGACCAAUCCAUGUUCGAUAUUAAUGUAAGUACCAUAGUGAGACAUUGUUGA